AUGGCGCCAUCCCCACUACUUACCCAAUCGUCCAUUAUAUUCCUCUUCCACACCCAAAUCAUGAUGCUCAGGUCUCUACAAAAAGAUGUACUUGCACGUUUACGCGUACUCGACAAGAACAUUCGUGCCGUUGACCGUCUGAAUUCUGAUGCAGCGUCUGGUCGUGUCAAAUCGAUCAAGACGGGCGGCGCCGAAUUUAUUUUGCAGCUGGCGGAGAUGAAUCAAGAAAGGAGUGAGCUGGCGAAGAGGGAGGAUGGUUAUAAGAAGGCGAUUGCCGCAGGGGAGGAGACGGUGGCGAGGUUGGUAAGGACUAGUGGGUCUGAUACCGAAAUGGGGGAAUAG